AUGGUGGACGGGACUGCGGAAUCUUCAAAGUCGUUUUACAUGUCUAAACCCGAUGGGUAUUGCUUCCUCAACAAUGCUGCUCUUGCUGUCAAACUGGCGUUAGAUUCGGGUUCUUGUUCUCGAGUUGCGGUUAUUGACAUUGAUGUGCACUAUGGUAAUGGCACAGCUGAAGGGUUUUAUACAUCUGAUAAGGUUCUUACGGUGUCACUUCAUAUGAACCAUGGGUCAUGGGGCUCGUCUCACCCGCAGAAAGGGUCGAUUGAUGAAGUUGGUGUAGACGUGGGAUUGGGUUACAAUCUGAAUGUCCCUUUACCUAAUGGCACUGGUGACCGUGGCUAUGAAUAUGCCAUGACUGAGCUGGUGGUUCCUGCUGUUAGAAGGUUUGGACCCGAUAUGGUUGUUCUCGUUGUUGGUCAAGAUUCUAGCGCUUUUGAUCCAAACGGGAGACAAAGCCUGACGAUGAAUGGUUACAGAAGGAUUGGGGAGAUAAUGAGGGGAGUGGCAGAGGAGCACAGCCAUGGAAGGUUGCUUAUGGUGCAAGAAGGCGGGUAUCAUGUUACAUAUGCAGCAUACUGCCUCCACGCCAUGCUAGAAGGCGUGCUAAAGAUUCCAGAACCGCAUCUAUCUGAUCCGAUCGCUUAUUAUCCUGAGGAAGAAGCUGUUGCUGUUGCAGCUGUGGAAUCAAUAAAAAAAUAUCACUCCGAAUUUGUUCCAUUUCUCAGAGGAACUUAAAGAUGUGCCGUAUGAAUGAGAUUUAUGUGGGUUCCUCGUUGUGUUGUGACCUUUUCGAACAUAGGUCCGAUUGUAGAUUGAAUCACAAGUUUGGUCCUUUCUGCCA